UUGUUUACCUUUACUCUCCCGGGCAACCUGUAUAUGGCCUUUGGCAUCGAGAAGCUGGACUGACAUCUACACAAGGAUACUAUUGUGACCAUGAGCGCUGUCAAUACUCACAUGCAGCAGAAUUCUGCUGAGAUGAAACCACUCAGAUCGAUGGGGACAGGAAACAAUUCAGCCAGGAAGCACUCGACGGAUAGAGAAAGUACUCUCGUCGACUCUGCGCGCGAUGCCUCCGCUCACUCACGCACAGAUGGCGCGCAUGAGAAAGCUCCGGACUCGGGACAUAGCAAUAAUGUCGAGCCUCAGCCAGAGUAUCCUACCUCGUGGAGGCUCGCGCUGAUAGUUAGUGGUCUGUGUCUGUCGAUCUUCUGCAUGGCCCUGGACAACACGGUUCUGGCGACGGCAAUCCCCAAAAUCACAGACCAGUUCAAGUCCCUCGACGACGUGGGCUGGUACGGCAGCUCCUACCUCCUUACCUCUUGUUGUCUGAUACUGGCCUUUGGCAAACUAUACACGUUCUAUUCGACCAAAUGGAUCUACCUGGUUGGGCUCACGCUUUUCGAGAUCGGAUCCUUAGUCUGCGGAGCUGCUCCCAACUCAAUUGCACUGAUUCUCGGACGGGCGAUUGCUGGGCUGGGGGCCGCAGGAUUAUUCUCGGGGGCCAUGCUCAUUAUCUCGCAGACGGCACCGCUGGAAUGGAGACCAAUCUUUGCUGGCGCCAUGACCUCGAUGUAUGGGAUUGCUAGCGUAGCGGGACCCUUGAUGGGUGGUGCAUUCACCGACCACGUCAGUUGGCGGUGGUGCUUCUACAUCAACCUUCCCAUCGGCGGUGCCACCAUCUUCUUCAUUGUGUUGUUCUUCAAGGCGCCCAGGUCCGUGAAAAGUAACUCGGAGAUCAAGGACCAGCUGUCUCAGUUCGAUAUACCCGGGACAUGUGUCUUUCUACCGGGGGUUAUCUGCAUCCUUUUAGCACUGCAAUGGGGCGGGACGACCUAUGCAUGGGAUAACGGCCGCAUCAUCGCCCUGCUCGUCUUGUUUGGAGUGCUCAUUGGCAUCUUCAUCGUGCUACAGGGACUGGAAAAGGAGAAAGCCACGGUGCCUCCGCGGCUGAUCAAGAACCGGAACGUCUGGGGGGCUGCAUUGUUCAGCUUCUGCGUUGGUGGCUCAUUCUUCGUAUUCAUCUACUAUCUUCCCAUCUGGUUCCAAGCCAUCAAAGGCGUCAGCGCCACCAAAUCCGGGAUCAUGAACCUGCCCAUGCUGCUCGGCGUCGUCAUCUUCGCCAUCGUAGCAGGUGCCUGUGUCUCCACACUCGGAUACUACACCCCAUUCAUGCUCAUAUCCCCCGCACUCCUUGCCAUCGGCGGUGGGCUCCUCUCCACCAUGACAGUUGACUCAUCGGCCGGCCACUGGAUCGGAUACCAAGUCAUUCUAGGCAUGGGAGCCGGCUUCGGCAUGCAGCAGCCCAUGAUGGUCGUGCAAGCUGCACUGGCCGUCACGGACAUCCCCAGCGCGACGGCAAUCGUCGCGUUCGCACAGACACUGGGUGGAGCACUGUUCGUGUCUGUGGCGCAGAACGUCUUCCAGAACGAGCUGCACAAGAACCUGGCCAAGGUGCCGGGUGUUGACGCAGCUAGCGUAGUGCAGGCUGGUGCGACGAUGCUACGAAAGGUGGUGUCUACGGACCAGUUGCCGGCGGUGUUGGAGGCGUAUAACGAGGCCGUAACGACGACGUUCUACGUGGGGGUGGCGAUGGGAGCAUUGGCUAUUUUCGGGGCGUUGCCUAUUGAGUGGAUUUCAGUGAGGGGGAGGAAGAUGGAGACGACGGCUGCAUAGCGUGCUGCUUGCUGCCUAGCUGCGUAGCUGCGUAG